CAUUCCGCUCUUGGUUAUAUGAGAAUUGAGCGUUUAUCUGCCUGAAACGGCUGAAAGAAUGUCGAAGAGAACCUCAAUUCAUCUCCUGAAGAAUGACUAUGAGUGGCUAUGAGCACAUCGUGACUUGGGUAGCUACAUGCCUCCGCAUUCCAGCAUGCGGAUGAAAAAUCAUUGUGCUGGCAGAUUGUCUAGUCUGGACUCAACGUCUGCGGCCAAACAACUGCCAGAACUUUUGGGGUCCUGUUAGGUAGGCUUAUCCCCUCAGUUACAUUCGGAUAUCAUCCGCAGAAUCGGCAGCUGCGCCAUUCCAUUGUGUCCGACUAUGUGUGCUUCAUUUGUUUCCGCAUCGCGUUCAUUAUUGAUGCAGUCAACAGGGUUACUGCGGGGAAAUCUAACAUUUGGACGUUGGGGUCAAGUUUCAACGAGACAAACUCUCGAAUAUACCCGGGGAUGGCCCACGGGGACUGAGAAUAGCAGAAGCUUGCACCAUAUUUCUCCAAUCUUAUUCCAUCUGGAUCCAUAAAUAGCCGUGUCCGAGUAUCGUGCAUUAUCCGGGGAAGGUACUAGAAGAUCCGGGGUAUCGCCGGGGAUUCUCCUUGCAGGAAUGCGGCUCCGCUUCGGGUAGGAAACUUGAAAGUUAUCCCGCCUAUCAAAUAUCAACUCCGUCCAAGCUGUGAACAAUGAGCUAUACGGAAGCUCUCGACAAUGAGGGGUAUCCUAUGGUGGUUACGAUCAUGAUUCCAUUGGUCAAGCCGGCGACCGUAUAGAACACAUCACACGACUGUUACAACUGUUCUGGUUGGAGAAGAAAUUAACUCAUCAUGUUCAGUCGAAUCUCUCCAUCCCGGGAUUCUUGAGAAUAAAUACUCGGACUCUAUGACCUGCUUAUCAACUGAAUAUCUUCGUCUUCGAACAACUCGCAAUUCUCGAGAUCUUACCGGAAUGUCUACCAUCAGUCUUCCCCAACAACAACGGGCCGUCGUCCGCGAAGGCUCAGGCGAUACCGCACGAGCAGUUAUUAAACAAGUCAAGGUCUCGGAGCCAGGGCCGGGUCAGAUAUUAGUCAAGAUCAACUGGACUGGACUCUGCGGAUCCGAUAAAGCCCUUCUGUAUGAUGAAUGGACAGACUUCGGCUUCAGUAUGCUGCCAGCCACACACGGCAUUGCUGGCCACGAGGGAGUCGGCGUCGUUGUAGCUGUUGGUUCCGGGAUGGAGCGGCGGUGGAAAAUCGGAGACCGUGCAGGCAUUAAGUGGAUUGCCUCUGUAUGCGGAGAAUGCGAGUUCUGUCUGAGUGGAACGGAUGAAGUCCACUGUAUCAAGCAGUUGAACAGUGGGUUUUCUGCACCAGGAAGCUUCCAAGAGUACUGUCUUGUAGAUGGAAGAUAUACUUCAAAGAUCCCUGACGGGGUGACGGAUGAAGAGGCGGCCCCUAUUCUCUGUGGUGGAGUCACUGCGUAUUCCGCAUGUAAGAGGUCUGGCGUUAAAACUGGUCAGUGGAUCGCUCUCAUUGGCGCUGGAGGUGGCUUGGGCCAUUUGGCUAUUCAGUAUGCACGAGCUAUGGGAAUGCGAGUCAUCGCAAUCGAUGGUGGGGACGAAAAACAGGAACUUUGCACCAAACUGGGUGCAGAAGCCUUCAUCGAUUUCCAGAAGACCAAGGAUAUCACAGCUGAAGUUAUGAAGAUCACCACUUAUGGCGUACACGGCGUGAUUGUCACAGCAGCAUCGAAACCUGCAUACGAUCAAGCAGUAGCAUUGCUCCGCCCGAAGGGGACUGUGGUGGUUGUGGGCCUGCCUAAAGAUGCUACAAUCAUAGCAGGUGCUGUGCCAAUGGUGAUGGCUAUGAAGCAGUUGAAAGUUGUGGGCAGCGUUGUUGGAAGUUUGAAUGAUGUCAAGGAGGCUUUGGACUUGACGGCACGAGACCUAGUUCAUCCAAUCCUGACCAAGGGCAGAUUGGAGGAAGUGGACGAUUACGUCAAGAAAAUGGCUGCCGGUCAACUUGCUGGUCGUGUCGUUUUGAAGGUUGCCGAAUAAACCAAGGGUUAUCGGGCCAUCCGGUUAUCAUUUACUACUGUUCAUAGAUGUGAGGAGCGUUGCCAGGAACGUUGUCUUGAUUUCAACACGAAAGCAUAUAACUGGUGUCGAAGAUUGACUACGAAUGAUACUUGCAUUAUAUAUGCCGAUCCUUGCUAAGUAACAUCUUCGUACAGUCGAAGCCAGUGAGAUUGGUACAUG